AUGGAUGAUGUUAUGGAGAGUGGUAAUUUGGGACCUUUUCAAGAAAGGGCAUCAAGAGUAUUCCCCAGCAUGCGUACUAAACCUUACACACCAUUGAUGUUUCAUGUUCUCAUGAGAAUUAAUGUCCGUGUUCUCUUCGUACUUCUACUUCUUGGUCUUGGAGGGAUUUUCUAUGCUGGUGCUAGUACCUCACCUAUUAUUGUAUUUGUACUAUCAGUUUGCAUCAGCAGUUUUGUCUUCUCAAUGUACCUUACUAAGUGGGUACUCUCCAAGGAUGAAGGCCCCCCUGAGAUGGUCCAGAUAUCAGAUGCAAUACGGGAUGGAGCUGAAGGAUUCUUUAGGACUCAAUAUGGCACCAUAUCCAAGAUGGCGCUCUUACUAGCAUUCAUAAUUCUUUGCAUAUAUCUGUUUCGCAGCACAACACCUCAACAAGAAUUUUCUGGCUUGGGGAGGUCUGUUUCUGCAUAUAUUACCGUGGCUUCCUUUCUUCUUGGUGCUCUUUGUUCCGGAAUUGCUGGUUAUGUUGGGAUGUGGGUAUCUGUACGAGCUAAUGUUCGAGUCUCAAGUGCAGCAAGGCGGUCAGCGAGAGAGGCACUGCAGAUUGCUGUUCGCGCCGGUGGCUUUUCAGCCAUGGUGGUUGUUGGUAUGGCUGUAAUAGGGGUUGCUGUACUUUAUGCCACAUUUUAUGUUUGGUUAGGUGUGGAUUCACCUGGUGCAAUCAAGGUCACUGACUUACCGCUUCUCCUUGUUGGAUAUGGUUUUGGAGCCUCAUUUGUUGCCCUCUUUGCUCAAUUGGGUGGUGGCAUAUACACGAAGGCAGCUGAUGUUGGAGCUGACCUUGUUGGGAAAGUUGAGCAGGGGAUACCUGAAGAUGAUCCUCGUAAUCCUGCUGUCAUUGCUGAUUUGGUUGGAGAUAAUGUUGGUGACUGUGCUGCCCGUGGUGCUGAUUUAUUCGAAAGCAUUGCUGCAGAAAUAAUAAGCGCCAUGAUACUUGGAGGAGCGAUGGCUCAAAAAUGCAAAAUUGAAGACCCGUCUGGAUUCAUUUUAUUUCCACUUGUUGUGCAUUCCUUUGAUCUGGUGGUUUCAUCAAUUGGAAUAUUAUCCAUUCGUAGUAAACGUGAUUCUGGAGUAAUCAGUGUCAUGGAGGACCCAAUGGCAAUUCUUCAGAAAGGAUAUUCUGUUACAAUAGUGUUUGCUGUCAUAACAUUUGGUUUGUCUACUCGCUGGAUGCUGUACACCGAACAGGCACCCUCAGCCUGGUUGAACUUUGCUUUAUGUGGUUUGGUUGGGAUUAUGACAGCCUAUAUUUUCGUGUGGAUAACUAAAUUCUAUACUGACUACAAGCACGAGCCUGUCCGUACGCUAGCUCUUUCUAGCUCCACAGGUCAUGGAACUAAUAUAAUUGCCGGUGUUAGUUUGGGUUUGGAAUCCACAGCUCUUCCUGUCAUUGUCAUUAGUGUCUCCAUUAUAUCUGCAUUCUGGUUGGGUCACACUUCUGGACUGGUGGAUGAAGCUGGAAACCCAACUGGUGGUCUGUUUGGAACUGCUGUGGCAACUAUGGGCAUGCUUAGUACUGCAGCAUAUGUGCUAACAAUGGAUAUGUUUGGUCCAAUAGCUGAUAAUGCUGGUGGGAUUGUUGAAAUGAGCCAGCAGCCGGAAAGUGUUCGAGAGAUUACCGACAUUCUUGAUGCUGUAGGGAACACCACCAAAGCUACCACAAAAGGUUUUGCUAUUGGUUCUGCGGCUCUUGCAUCUUUUCUUCUAUUUAGUGCCUACAUGGAUGAGGUAUCUGCAUUUGCUCAUGAGCCUUUUAAUCAGGUUGACAUUGCGAUCCCCGAGGUUUUUGUCGGUGGCUUGUUAGGUUCUAUGCUUAUAUUUUUAUUCAGUGCUUGGGCAUGCUCGGCUGUUGGCCGAACUGCUCAAGAGGUUGUGAAUGAAGUAAGAAGACAAUUUAUUGAGAGGCCGGGUAUAAUGGAUUACAGAGAAAAACCAGAUUAUGGCCGAUGCGUGUCUAUUGUUGCAUCUGCAUCUUUGAGGGAGAUGAUCAAACCUGGAGCCUUGGCUAUUGUAUCGCCUAUCCUUAUAGGUCUUGUUUUCCGGAUACUGGGACACUACACGGGGCAUCCUCUUUUAGGGGCAAAAGUAGUGGCAUCCAUGCUUAUGUUUGCUACCGUUUCUGGGAUUCUGAUGGCUCUUUUCCUGAACACUGCUGGUGGUGCCUGGGAUAAUGCAAAGAAGUACAUUGAAACCGGUGCUCUUGGAGGCAAAGGAAGCGAGAGCCAUAAAGCUGCAGUUACUGGUGACACUGUGGGAGACCCAUUUAAAGAUACAGCUGGACCUUCCCUGCAUGAGGAGGACAACGCCGUGGUUUUGGCGCCGAAACCCGCCAAUUCCAGAACUGACGAUUCCAAGAUUUCUUUGGCGAGGAGGAAACUGCCUUCUAAUCGUUCCAGUAAUGUCCCUGACCAGGCACCUGAAUUGAGUUCCAAACUUGAUGGAAGACCAACCACCAUUCCCGCUGACAGUCAAUUCGAGGAACGUCUACGUGCAGUUAAAAAGUCGGCGGUUGAGCAGAAGAAAGCAGAAGAAGAGAAACUAUAUGGUGCCAUCGAUUAUGAUGCUCCAAUUGAGCCAGAAAGUGGCAAACAAGGACUUGCUACUAAGAUUGGUGUUGCUGUUGCCGCUGUGAUCUUUGGACUUGUUUUUGCUUUUGGCGACUUUCUCCCUACUGAUAGUGAUAGUCCCACUGAAGAGGCUGCCCCGGCUGGUAGUAAAAUUUCAUCUGAAGAGAGAGAAAGACUGCAGAAGAGACUCCAGCAAUUUGAGCAGACACUGAGCAUUUCUACUGAAGAUACCGAAGCACUUGAGGGAACUGCAGUCACAUUAGCUGAACUAGGAGAGUAUGGUCGAGCAGCCUCACGGCUCGAGGAUUUGAUCAAGAAGAAACCUACUGAUCCUGAUGUUUUUCGUUUGCUUGGGGAAGUGAAAUACGAGCUCAAGGAUUUUGAUGGAAGUGCUGCAGCUUAUAGAACUGCUAUGAUGGUGUCGAAAUCACUGGAUUUUGAAGUUCUAAGUGGUAUCACCAAUGCUUUGCUUGCUGCCAAGAAGCCUGCUGAGGCUGUUCAAGUGCUUUUGUCAGUCCGUGAGCAGCAAGAUGGAGACAAACCUGUUCUUAGUGAGAAUAACUCAGAGCGCAGCCCAAAUGGUGAAAGCUCCCAAGUGGAUCCCGUUCAAGUGGACUUGCUUCUCGGAAAGGCCUAUUCAGAUUGGGGGCAUGUCAGUGAUGCUAUAGCCAUUUAUGACCAACUUAUCUCCCACUAUCCCAAUGACUUUAGAGCUUACUUGGCGAAGGGAAUUAUUUUAAAGGAAAAUGGCAACAUUGGUGGCGCAGAAAGGAUGUUUAUACAAGCUAGGUUCUAUGCUCCUGAUAAAGCGAGGGCACUUGUGGACAAAUACUCGAAAUGAUGGGACACAGGGGACUCUUGACAUAGAUUCAUCUAUAGGUAUUGAUCUCUCUUUAUAUAGUUUUUGGUUUUUUGACUGAUUGGAUAGAAUUUGCUGUUUCUGAAGUAGAAUGGCCAGCAGCUACGGUCAAUAUUCUGUGAUUAAAAAAUUGUGGGUGUUGGGGUUUAUAGUAGUGAUGAGAAUUUGUAGACAUUAAAAGUUGGAUGAGUAAGCAGUUAAGGUAGGUUAAUCUGGUACUAACAUCACGGUCUGCUUGGUGCUGUUUAGCAGAAGAAAGAAAAGGAGGUACCCACAUGAAGAUGUGGUGUGGGAUUUGUAUGAAUGAUGGAUGAUGGGCA